ACACAUUUACGAGCCUCCUCUAGGGUCUGGAAGCUUCUCAACUUUUCUUUUAUAAAUUUCUAGCAUUUUCUAUGCUGAACUUCAAAAAUCUUCCAUAACCCCGAAUUCACAUUUGAUUUUAUUUGUUGAAGAAGAAGAAAGUAGAAAAUGGCUGCUAACGAUUUAGCUUUGGACUUGGAGGAACUUCAGCAGCUUCACACCAUAGCCAAACGGCCUCGUGUCCUUUCUCUCAUUUAUACUGAGAUUCGUAACUUGGAGAAGCUGUCAAAAGAUGGUGCUUCAGUGUCAUCUUCGCAAAUACCAGCUCCAGUUUUAACUGCAGCAAAGGUGAUCCACAAACCAUCUCUGAACUAUGUCUCUGUUUCAUCCUUCAGUUGGGAUCAGGACAAUGACAAAGUGAAGAUUUAUCUAUCAUUGGAAGGAGUAGAUCAGGAGAAAACGGAGACAGAUUUCAAGCCUAUGUCUUUUGAUGCCAAGUUUCAUGAUGUAAAUGGAAAGAACUAUCGCUUCUCCUUGCCGAAAUUGAACAGAGAGAUUGUACCUGAGAAAUGUAAGGUGCUCGUGAAACCAUCAAGGGUUGUCAUCACCUUGGCCAAAGCCUCCAAAGGGAACUGGUUGGAUUUGCAUUACAAAGAGGACAAGUUCAAGCCUAGUUUGGACAAAGAAAAAGACCCCAUGGCAGGAAUAAUGGAUAUGAUGAAGAACAUGUAUGAGGACGGUGAUGAGGAAAUGAAGAAGACAAUUGCAAAAGCCUGGACUGAUGCUAGAUCUGGCAAGGCAGCUGAUCCAUUGAAACGCUACACCUGAAUGUUGAAAUAGGUCUCUUAACAGAUUUAGGGGUUUAUUCCGGGUGAGCAGCCAUUAUCGUUUUGAGUAGCUUGUAAAACUGGAUAAUCAAGGAUCUCUAUGUAGAAAUUUUACAGUAUGUUGCUUGAAUGGUCGUUUUUUGAGCCUUAACUUAGUAUAUAUAUGCAGCUGGUGUCAAGUAAUUGUCUUUGAACCUUGUUUUGAUAAGCUUCAUUGUUGAAUGUGAUUCCCAAGAAUGAAUGAUGUAUUCCUUUUUACUA